AUGUCUUGUACUGGCGAAUGCAAAGUCCCCAAGAACUUGACGCUGGCAUCGAAAAAACCACCGCAUGCCGCUGAUGAUGACGAUAUCUGGGCCAGCGACGACGAAAUAGAUACCUACGCUGAUUUGCAGAGAGCUCAUGUGACUCAAGGUUACAUAGAUGGCAUCACUCAAGCACAAGAAGCCGGUUUGCAAAAGGGCUUCGACGAAGGGUUCCCACACGGUGCUGCAUUAGGGUGCCGAGUUGGCCGUGUACUUGCUCUUCUUCACGGGAAACCAGAGUUUGACCAGGCCAAGAAGGAGUUGAAUGUUGGCUCGGUGCUUAGUAAGGACCAUUUUGAUGCUUCCCUUAAUCAGGACUCCCAUGCUCUCGUAGAAAAGUGGGAAGCCUUCGUACGUCCUGCUUAA